GACAACUUUCUGUACUUGGACUCUUUUGUUACUCUCUCGCUCUCUCUCUAAAAAUUCCUCAUCUUGGGUUUUUGCUUCCCCGAUUUGCAUUUGCAAAUCAUCUCUCUCUCUCAUUUCUAUCUCCGAAUUCAGCUAUGGAUCUGCCAUUCUCUCCGACUUGAAACUCUUCCUCGCUCUCUAAGAUCUCAAAUUGAAUUUUAAUUUUUCUCGAAUUGAAAAUUGGUUGAUUGUGAAAUCAAUCUCAGUAAGAUGAAGAUUCCUUGUUGUUCAGUGUGUCAGACGCGGUACAACGAGCUGCGGUGUCCGUUGUUGCUCCAAUGCGGUCAUGGCUUCUGCAAAGACUGCCUCUCUCGGAUGUUCUCGGCGUCGCUCGACACAACCCUCUCGUGCCCUCGCUGCCGCCACGUCUCCGUUGUCGGAAACUCCGUACAAGCCCUCCGCAAGAACUACGCAAUUCUCGCUCUUAUCCACUCUUCCUCGAACACCGCUUCUGGUUUCGACUGCGAUUUUACUGAUGACGGCGAAGAAAACGAUGACGAUCUCGAUGACGACGAUGACGAGUCUAGGCAGCAGCGCCGCCGCUGCAGCAAGCAGCCUCAUGCUUCCAGCUCAGGGUGUGGCUGCGGGAGCAGCAGCAGCAGCAGCAGAGGUGGGUCGGGUAUCGAGCUCGCAUCGCACCAUGACUUGCGGCUGGUUCGCGGAUUGGGAGGGGCGGCAGGGCGGGGGUGGACACAAUGUGGGCGGGAGUCGGCAAUGGUGCUUUCUGGCGGGCAAGGGCAGUGUCGGCACCGUGUGGCGGUGAAAAAAGUGGCGAUUGGGGAUGACGAUGAUAUGGACUUGGUUUGGGUGCAGAGUCAACUGGAGAAUUUACGGCGGGCAUCUAUGUGGUGUCGGAAUGUGUGUGUUUUCCAUGGAGCUACGAGGAUGGAGGGCUGUCUGUCUCUUAUUAUGGAUAGGUGUAAUGGGUCUGUCCAGACCGAGAUGCAGCGGAAUGAAGGCCGGCUCACUCUUGAGCAAAUCCUCAGAUAUGGGGUGGACAUUGCUCGAGGGGUGGCUGAACUACAUGCAGCAGGCAUUGUUUGUAUGAACCUGAAGCCAUCCAAUCUUCUUUUGGAUGCAAAUGGUCAUGCUGUGGUUUCUGAUUACGGACUGCCAGCAAUUUUAAAAAAACCUGGCUGCCGAAAAGCUCGAUCAGAGUGUGAUUCCUCAAGAAUUCAUUCAUGCAUGGAUUGUACAAUGCUCAGUCCAAACUACACAGCUCCGGAGGCAUGGGAACCAGUGAAGAAGUCAUUGAAUCUUUUUUGGGAUGAUGCAAUUGGCAUAUCUGCAGAGUCUGACGCUUGGAGCUUUGGGUGUACGUUAGUGGAAAUGUGCACCGGUUCCAUUCCGUGGGCUGGCUUAAGUGCAGAGGAAAUCUAUAGAGCUGUCGUCAAGGCCCGAAGACAACCUCCACAAUAUGCUAGUGUAGUGGGUGUUGGAAUACCUAGGGAAUUAUGGAAGAUGAUUGGUGAGUGCCUACAGUUCAAGGCAUCCAAAAGACCAACUUUCAAUGCUAUGCUAGCAAUAUUCCUUCGACACUUGCAAGAGAUACCUCGCAGCCCUCCUGCCAGCCCUGAUAAUGAUUUGGCCAAAUUUUCUGGAACAAAUGUGAAAGAACCAUCUCCUGCACCUGAUUUGGAGGUUCUCCAGGAUAAUCCCAUCCUUCUACAUCGACUGGUAUCUGAAGGCAAUGUGAAUGGUGUUAGAGAGUUGCUUGCAAAGGCUGCAUCAGAAAAUAGUGGCAGUUUGUUGUGUUCACUAUUAGAAGCACAGAAUGCUGAUGGCCAGACUGCUCUCCACUUGGCUUGUAGACGGGGUAGUGCAGAACUUGUGGAGGCCAUUUUGGAGUAUAAAGACGCAAAUGUGGAUGUCUUAGACAAAGAUGGUGAUCCUCCACUUGUGUUUGCUUUGGCAGCUGGAUCCCCAGAAUGUGUUCGUGCUCUCAUUAGAAGACGUGCGAAUGUCCAAUCUAGGUUGAGGGAAGGCUUUGGGCCAUCGGUUGCCCAUGUUUGUGCAUACCAUGGUCAACCAGAUUGCAUGCGUGAGUUACUAUUGGCUGGGGCUGAUCCUAAUGCAGUGGAUGAUGAAGGUGAAUCAGUACUACACAGAGCAGUCGUCAAGAAAUAUACAGAAUGUGCUGUUGUCAUAUUGGAAAAUGGGGGUUGUAAAUCGAUGGCUAGCCUGAAUUCAAAAAAUUUGACACCUCUGCACUUGUGCGUAGCAACGUGGAAUGUGACUGUCGUCAAAAGGUGGGUGGAACUUGCAUCCCUGGAGGAGAUAGCCAGUGUUAUUGAUAUACCAAGCCCAGUUGGCACUGCAUUGUGUAUGGCAGCUGCCAUAAAGAAAGACCAUGAAGCUGAGGGGCGAGAACUGGUACAAAUUCUGCUUGCUGCUGGAGCAGAUCCAAGUGCCCAAGAUGCCCAGCAUGGUCGAACUGUGCUGCAUACUGCUGCUAUGGCCAAUGAUGUUAAGUUGGUCCAGAUUAUUCUCGAUGCUGGAGUUGAUGUGAAUAUCAGGAAUGUGAAUAAUACAAUACCUCUUCAUGUGGCAUUGGCCAGAGGUGCAAAAUUAUGUGUGGGAUUACUUUUAUCUGCCGGGGCAAACUGUAAUUUGCAGGAUGAUGAAGGUGACAAUGCUUUCCAUAUAGCAGCUGAAGCAGCAAAAAUGAUUCGUGAGAAUCUUGAAUGGAUCAUUGUUAUGCUUAGGUAUCCAGAUGCUGCAGUUGAAGUGAGGAAUCACAGUGGCAAGACAUUACGUGACUUUUUGGAGGCCCUGCCCCGUGAAUGGAUUUCCGAAGAUCUGAUGGAGGCACUCAUGAAUAAGGGAGUUCAUUUGUAUCCUACAAUUUAUCAAGUUGGGGAUUGGGUGAAAUUUAAAAGAAGUAUCACGAGUCCCACUUAUGGGUGGCAAGGUGCAAAACAUAGGAGUGUUGGUUUUGUGCAAAGUGUUCCAGACAAGGACAAUCUCAUUGUAUCAUUUUGUACCGGCGAAGCUCGUGUACUGGCAAAUGAAGUUAUAAAGGUGAUCCCAUUAGACAGGGGGCAGCAUGUGCAACUGAAAUCAGAUGUGAAAGAGCCAAGGUUUGGUUGGCGUGGUCAAUCACGUGAUAGCAUUGGAACUGUUCUAUGUGUUGACGAUGACGGGAUUCUGCGUGUUGGUUUUCCUGGAGCAUCCAGAGGAUGGAAAGCUGAUCCUGCAGAAAUGGAAAGGGUUGAAGAAUUCAAGGUUGGAGACUGGGUGCGCAUUCGCCCGACUCUCACUGCCGCAAAGCAUGGAUUAGGUUCUGUAACUCCAGGAAGCAUUGGUAUCGUUUACUGUAUUAGACCGGAUAAUAGUUUGUUGUUGGAUUUGAGCUAUCUUCCGAAUCCAUGGCAUUGUGAACCUGAAGAGGUUGAGCCUGUUGUCCCAUUCAAGAUUGGUGACAGGGUUUGUGUGAAGCGCUCUGUUGCAGAACCAAGAUAUGCUUGGGGUGGUGAAACUCAUCAUAGUGUUGGGAGAAUAAGUGAAAUAGAGAGUGAUGGUCUCCUAAUAAUUGAAAUCCCAAAUCGGCCAAUACCAUGGCAAGCCGAUCCCUCUGACAUGGAAAGGGUGGAGGAUUUCAAGGUUGGGGAUUGGGUCAGAGUAAAAGCUUCAGUGUCCUCCCCAAAAUAUGGAUGGGAGGAUAUCACAAGGAACAGUAUUGGGAUAAUCCACAGUCUGGAGGAGGAUGGUGAUAUGGGUGUUGCCUUUUGCUUCAGGAGCAAGCCAUUCUGUUGUUCUGUCACGGACGUGGAGAAGGUGCCUGCUUUUGAAGUUGGACAAGAGAUCCAUGUGACGCCAUCUAUUGCUCAGCCACGACUUGGAUGGGCAAAUGAAACUCCAGCUACUGUUGGAAAAAUCAUGAGAAUUGACAUGGAUGGGGCGUUAAAUGUUAAAGUUGCUGGCAAAGUUAGUUUAUGGAAAGUUUCCCCAGGAGAUGCAGAACGGCUUUCAGGAUUUGAAGUAGGGGACUGGGUACGAUCAAAACCAAGCCUGGGGACCAGACCAAGUUAUGACUGGAACAGUAUUGGGAAAGAAAGUAUAGCAGUUGUACAUAGUGUACAGGAUACUGGUUAUUUAGAAUUAGCGUGCUGCUUCCGUAAAGGAAGGUGGAUCACUCAUUACACUGAUGUUGAAAAGGUUCCAGGCUUCAAAAUUGGGCAGCACGUUUGCUUCCGAGUUGGACUGAUGGAGCCAAGGUGGGGAUGGAGAGGAGCCCAGUCUAAUUCACGAGGUGUUAUAACCAGUGUCAAUGCCGAUGGAGAAGUGAGAGUCGCAUUCUUUGGUUUGCCGGGGUUGUGGAGAGGAGAUCCUGCUGAUCUAGAGAUAGAGCAGAUGUUUGAAGUGGGAGAUUGGGUUAGAAUGAGAAACAAUGCAAGUGGUUGGAAAUCAAUUGGACCAGGUAGUAUUGGAAUUGUGCAGGGAAAUGUGUACGAAGGGGACGAAUGGGAUGGAAGUGUCUGUGUGGGAUUUUGCGGGGAACAAGAAGGAUGGGUGGGGCCUGCCUCCCAUCUUGAAAGAGCUGAUAAGCUCAUGGUUGGGCAGAGGGUUAGGGUGAAAAUUUUUGUAAAGCAGCCAAGGUUUGGGUGGUCCGGGCACAACCAUGCAAGUGUUGGGAUUAUAUCUGCAAUUGAUGCGGAUGGAAAGCUGAGAAUAUAUACACCUGCUGGGUCAAAAGCAUGGAUGCUAGAUCCAUCGGAGGUGGAGGUGGUGGAGGAAGAGGAAAUUUGCAUUGGGGAUUGGGUUAAGGUGAGGGCAUCGGUUUCAACCCCGACUCAUCAGUGGGGAGACGUGAGUUAUUCAAGCAUUGGAGUGGUGCACAGGAUAGAAGACGGGGAGCUAUGGGUUGCAUUCUGUUUUAUGGAGAGGCUGUGGCUUUGCAAAGCAUGGGAAAUGGAGAGGGUAAGGCCGUUUAAAGUGGGGGACAAUGUGAGGAUCAGAGAAGGGCUGGUGACCCCACGGUGGGGAUGGGGAAUGGAGACCCAUGCAAGCAAAGGCCAGGUAGUUGGUGUAGAUGCUAAUGGCAAGUUAAGAAUUAAAUUUCAGUGGAGAGAGGGGAGGCCAUGGAUUGGAGAUCCUGCCGAUAUUGCUCUUGAUACAAUUACCACUUCAUGAAAAAACUUUUACGUCUGCCUUUUGAACGCCUUUCAGUUUUACUCGAGAGCCUAUGGGGGUGGGCUUUUGGCCCCAUCCCAAUGGUGAGGUGGAAGAAGAAGCUGAUUCUGCUGCUGCUGAUGUAAUAGAAGAUUAUUAAAAUUUGCUUGAAACUGCAUCCAUUAUUACAGUGGACACCAUGCUGAUCAGAUGGAUGGAUGGAUUAAUAUUUGCCGAAGAGCAGAGAGAUGGAAAGAGUCCAACAAAGGGGGUUAGCAAUUGACCUGCCUUCCCCUACAAUCAAUUGACAGAAUACAACGCAGCCAAGAGAAGGUAACAAACAGUAUGCCAUUUUAUAAUUUUAAGGAGAUAAUGUUAUUUGUGGAGGUGAGUUCCAGUGGAGGACAUAUUUUUAUUUGGUUUUUAUUUCAUUAUGUACAAAUUGACUCAUUUGACCUUGUGAGUUAGUUGACUGUUUUUUGGGGUCUCUAAAGAUGGGUGCUGUUAAUGAGUUUUCUUUUAUCUGUACUCUCAGCAUUUGCUCUUUUUGACCAAAAUUGGGGCUACUUUGGGAUGUGCAUUCUAACAUGUUCAAAAGUGAAUUUGCAAGUGACACACAAAAGAAUGAAUGCACUUUUUUGUACACUGUUCUCUUUCUA